UGGACAACAAAGUCAACCCAUGGUCUGAUGUGGWGUAGAACGUUUGAUCCAAGAAUAUAUACGUUAUUUUCGAAGUCCGUUUGGUUAUCUACAUGUGCUUUGGAUGCAUUUAAGUGUUGAAUAUGCCAUAGAUUUUCAAGUUUGCGCGAUUUGGAUGGCCGGGUUUCAGUGUGAUUCUUCUAAAGAACUUCGUAUUCAAUUUCUUCGAUAUUUGUCACGAGACCACAGCUUGUGUACAAGACGGAAGAAAUAGUUAUCUUCAAGCUGACACAGUUUUUGUUGGACCUCAUGUCUAGUUGUUUUGUUAGCAAUAAGUUAGUGUUGGCUGACAAUGGCUAGUUUUCGACUUGCGGAUCAAGAUGACGAUGACACGUUGGAGCCCAACACUCCUGAUGUUAAACGCCCUUGUACUGAUGAAGAUCAGUACAACAAGGUCCUAAACAGGCCAUAUAUAGCGCCUAGUGUUAGCGACCAUUCUAUCCUUGAUCAUUCUUCUGGGGCUGCAGAAGACGAUGAAGCUAAGACUUCUCAUUACGAUUAUAAUUUUGAUGAAAAAGAUUACAAAAACAGACGAAAAACAUCUACAAAAUACCAUGAACCACUGCGYCGUAUUUCUACCCAUCGGAAUGAAUUUCAGCAUCAUGACAAAAAAAGUGUAAAACGACACAAGAAACUCAAGAAAGAAAAUGAACGAGAAGCCAGACUUAAGCAGCUUGUCAACCAUGAGGAAGUGAAAGCUGAGUCAAGGAAACAGUCAGGUCAUCGCCGUCAUGGAGUAACUAGUGCUCCUGUGACCAAAGAGCUGGAUCAGACUGAUGGAGGGGAAGCCCCUGAAGAAGACAACACAGAAGAUGUUGUUAAUAAUGAUACAGUUCCAUCCUUAGCUUCUAGAGAAGAUGACACCAUAGACGAAACCGAGUCCCUUCCAUCACCUAGAAAUAGAUAUAAUGACAGCAAGAACAAACCAGAAACAUUCGAACUGCAAGAAAUCAAGGUAGAAGUGCCUAUCAAAGAAAAUGUGACUAGUGCUAAACAAGUGCCGUCGCUGUCAUCGAGAGAGGAUAAAAUUGAACCACUGGAACCAUUGCCUUCUUUARCAGCACAGAAAGACGGUAUCCAGCCAGUUCAACAACAACUGAAUGAYGAUAUUAAAAUUGAUGAAGUAAAGAAUCAUAUAUCUACAAAAGACGAUUCAGGCAGACAGAAUAAACCUGAAGUUCUCCAGUCAAAAACAGUCCCUGAAAGAGGAACUCAUCCAGAGAAAGACUCUCCUACAGAAAAAACGACUGCCACAGAGAAAAGCAAAGUUUCUAGCAUAGAAGCUAUUCCAGGCAAAGCAGUGGCUGCUCAAAAAGCUGUAACCAACAAAGUCAAGGAAACAGCAGAAGAUGAAGAUGACGAGGAUGUAGGAAUACAGAUGAAACAGAUACGAAAGGAUGGGGAAUUACCAAGCGGUAAGCAAAUGAGAAAGUUUGUUCCUAAAGAUAGAGACUCGUUUAUCGAUAUAAUGCCAAAGAUCCACGAACACGACACGGAGUCAACUGACGAACCUCACAGUAUAGUGGUAAGCCGUCAGCAUGGAGUUAAUGAUAGAAGCGGCAAGGCAAUAGCUGAACAACUAGACAUUGAAUCGCAUCACAGAGAUAAAGACAGAAUUCAACCAGAUCUUCUUAGACAAGGACAUAAGCGCCAUCAUCAUCACCGUAAGCACCAUCAUCGAAAACACGAAAUAAAGCAACAUAGAACGAUUAGUGAACGAGAAGCCUUGGCAGAAAGAUCGCGAUUACGAUCUGGUCUCUUGACUCUUCAAGAAACAGAGGCAAACUAUGCUGAACUACGAAAAAGAACCGAUUCAAUUGAGGGAGAAGAAGAAGACACACUUCAAAAGAAGGAUCUCGAAGAAAUAGCCUGGCAUCGUUUUGAGGAUUUACGAGGCCUCCGACGUCGUCGGCCGCACCUUCGUAAAACAAGGCUUAAAUCUGGUACUCUGACAAGACAAAGCAGUAGUGAUACUCUGACAGCCAGUGUUCUCGAUUUUCCAGUCAAGUAUGACCACACCCCACAUGAGCCAUUCAUUGAACUUCAAGAGCUAACCCACAGAGAAGAGGGAAUGGUUUGGAGAGAGACGGCAAGAUGGAUCAAGUUCGAAGAGGAUGUCGAAGCAUCCAAUCGAUGGGGUCGGCCUCAUGUAGCUUCGCUUACCUUUCAAAGUUUAUUAGAAUUGAGAAAAGGCCUAGAGAAAGGUACUGUUCUUCUAGAUUUAGAACAGUUUGAUAUUCACAGUAUCGUGGAAACUAUUGCCGAAAACAUGGUGAUCACAGAUCAGUUGCCUCGUGAAGAGAAAGAUGCUGUUAUAGACGCCCUUUUGCUGAAACAUAGGCAUCAGUAUCAAGAAGCAACAAAUAUUCCUCGACGCUCUUCCUUUUAUAACAUGAUGCCAUUUUCUCAAAGUACCGCUAAAGAUGACGAAAAUAAAUUCCCUGAACAGCCCGAAGCUCUGAAGAAUGAAGAUGGAGUCAUUUGUCUUAAAAUCGACGAGGAUACAGCUUCAGAUUUUUCAGUAGACGAUGGAAUGAAGAGCCAGAUGCCUUUGUGUGUAUCAGACACCGAAGGAAGCCCGGCUACUAAGCGAGAGGUUACCUUCGCACCACCGAAACCCGCUGAAAAAGGAGCACGGAAGAAUGAAUCUAACGUCAAAUCCAGAAUCCCAGCUGAUGCUGAGGCCACUGCAGUUAUGGUGGGCGCAUURAAAAGUCUUCAAAACCCUGUGUUAGCAUUUGUUCGUCUUGCUAAAGGUGUCCAACUCGAGGGUUUAACUGAGGUUGAUAUUCCUUGUCGGUUUAUCUUUGUGAUGCUUGGUCCAGCAGAAAAGGAAGACACCUACUACGAGAUAGGACGAUCUAUCUCCACACUAAUGUCAGACCAGGUUUUCCAUGAUUUGGCAUACUACUCAGAAUCACGUGAAGACAUUUUACAAGCCAUCAAUGAGUUYUUAGACGAUACUAUCGUACUACCYCCUGGGGAAUGGGAUCGACAAUUACUCAUCCCUCUUCUCAUGGGACAGAGUAAAGUUAUGGCAAAACGACGAAAAGAAGCAAAACAAAUCAAUGCUAUCGCAGUUGCRGCAGCAGAAGAACAGGAUGGUCCGUUGAAACGGACUGGACGGUACUGUGGAGGGCUAAUCAGAGACAUCAAACGUCGAGCCGAGUACUAUGUCAGUGACUUUAAAGAUGGCUUAAACUUACACAGUUUAUGGGUUAUUUUAUUUCUCUACUUCGCUGUGUUCGCACCGAAUAUCGCUUUCGGUGGACUGCUUGCUGAUAAGACCGAAAAUUGGAUGGGUAUAUCUGAAGUCAUCUUUGCGACUUGCUUGUGUGGAAUUUUAUUUGGUUUAUUUGCUGGACAACCUCUUAUUAUCAUUGGUGCCACUGGUCCAGUGCUGGUUUUUGAACAAUCUAUUUACCAGUUCUGUAAAUCGUUCAAUAUCGAGUUCCUACCCUGGAGGUUUUGGAUUGGAAUGUGGGUGAUGAUAAUUCUCUUCAUUGUUGUGCUGUUCGAAGGAUGUUUUCUUGUUCGCUAUUUUACCAGGUUCACCGAGGAAGUGUUCGGGUGUCUGAUUUCUGCCAUUUUCAUUUAUGAAGCCUUGAGCUACCUUGUCGAGGUCUUCAAGGCAAAUCCACUAUCUCGUAAGUUCUCUAAUGGUACUAGAAAGGUUAAGGUAGACAGCAGCAUCUUCUCGGCCACCAAUGAACCUAAUACCGCUUUGAUGUCAGUCAUUCUUUUGUUUGGGACAUUUUGUGUUGCUUUCUACAUGCAGAAAGUACGGCACAGUCACUUCUUUGGCAAGCAGAUGCGACGACUAAUAAGUGACUUAGGGAUCAUUAUUGCUAUGGCUUCCAUGAGUUUCUUGGAUCUUACAGUAGGAAAUAGUGUUGUUGUUGACAAGGUAUCUUUUGGUAAUCCGUUUACUGUUGGUUUUCGACCAACUAAAUAUCGAGAACGUGGAUGGAUCAUCAAUCCGAUUGGACUAGUAGAAACUAUCCAUCCAGGACUACCUUUCGCUGCUAUAGUACCAGCCUUGUUCAUUGGGAUAUUGUUGUUUAUGGAAACAGAACUUACUGGAGUAUUACUCAACAAAAAAGAAAAUAAUCUACAGAAACUACCUGGUUUUAACAUCGACCUCGUUUUAAUGGGUAUAUUAUCGUUUAUCUGUGGUUUGUUUGGACUUCCUUGGAUGUGUGCGGCCACAGUCAGGUCAUUAUCGCAUUUCACUGCUUUAAGUGUGUGGAGUACGUCUCACGCUCCAGGUGAAAGACCUUUUCUUAUCGAAGUCAAAGAACAGAGGGUUACUAACAUUGCUAUUCAUGUUUUGACUGGGAUAUCGAUAAUGUUGGCACCUCUGCUUCAUCAAAUCCCAGUUUCAGUCGUGUUUGGGGUUCUAUUGUACCUGGGCGUGGCAUCGUUGUCUCAUAUCCAGUUGGUGAAUCGUAUUAUUAUGCUGUUCAUGCCUCCAAAACACCAUCCUGAUGUUCGCUAUGUCAGAAAGGUUCAUACCAGUAGAAUUUACUGGUUUACUGCUGUYCAAAUUGKCUGUUUGCUCAUUUURAUGGCUGUUAAGUUAACGAGUGUUGCUCCUGCSUUCCCGUUCUUCAUCAUCUGUCUUAUACCACUCAGAAAACUUCUUUCAAGGUUUUUUACCAAAGAAGAACUAGAAGAGCUGGAUAACGAGGARGGUGAUGAAAGUGAAGAUGAUGACCUCGAUAUGCUCAUGCAUCGUUAACACUUACAAGCCUCACAUUMAUGCUCAAAGUAACACUUACCAGCCUCAAUUUGAUGCGCAAGGGAACACCUACCAGGCUCACUUUGAUGUAUAGAGUAACACAGGCGUCACUCUUUUGUACAAAGCUGAAAAGUGCCCGAGUUUGAUACAAAAUGCAACAUUAUAUUAAUAGAGGUAGAAAAAAUAACUUAGCAAAUUAAAAUAGGUAAAAAACKUAGAAGAAUUUCACUGUUUGAAAGCAAAGAAUAUAUUUUGAAAUUGUUGGUUUAUGCUAUAAAAAGAGUUUCCAUUUAAGCGCAUCUUUUAAAUCAAGUUUACAUGCUAUUUAAGCCUAAUUUUUCAUAGUUUUAUAUAUGAAAAGUUUGCUUGCAGUUCAUAAAACAAAACGUUUUUGCAGUUCUGCUGAMGCUUGUUUCCAGUGCAAUUUGUCAAGAAGAAAUACUGGAACUUGUGGACGGAAACAAGGUGCCUCGUUAUCAUGUAAUUUUCAUAUUACCGGCAAAUGCGAAUCGAAUUCUCAAAUUGAUUAAAAUUGUACAGAUUUUGUUAUAUAGUUUCAUAAAAGACAGUGAAGAGUUUCAAAUUUGGAGUUUUCCUUGAUAAUAAUUAAACAUYAGCUGUCCAAGCAUUUGUAAAGUUCGUCGUGUGCCGUUAUGUCCGGCAGUAUACGUUUUGCAGUGCUCUGUUCUCAAUAAAGCAUUAAAAUGUCGGUAAUUCAUUUGAUACUUUUUUCUAAAGGAAARAAAAAGUCACAUUCGAUUAAUUUUUUGAAUUUUUGAAUGAAGAAUUCUAUAUCAUUAGAGGUACAAUUGUAGUUGUUCUGAUGGUUUUACUGGACUAUGCUUGUAAAUAGAUAUUUUCUCAACAAAAUGAACGCUCGACUCACAUGAUGUACGAUUUYCAUUGUUUUUUGUCGGGUAAUGAGUGCAUCAGUCAAUUGCCGGCAUUCCCGKCCCUUAAAGGCUAAUUCCCCGCCUGUUAGUGGAUUAAUGCUGGUAAAGCAUUGCUAUAAUGUGUCAAUUCCUUGUCCUGAAAACAGGAUUAUCGCCCGGUAGAUUAUCGACAAUUAGUGUYAGUCAUAGUUCUAAAGCUUCUAUAAAUUCCUGAAGAUUAUAAAAAUUAUUGUCAAACAAAUUGUUAUUGAAGUGAUAGGAUUCGUAUUUUAAAUAAAGAAAUCCAAUGAAUUAAA